GCCACGCUCUCUCUGCCUGUUUGCCCCUCUUUCACUCCUCUUUGUAUUGUUUCCCAUCCGAUACCCUACUGCUAUUCUACCAUAAUCCAAUAAUGUCCACCAUGGUCGCUUUGCCGUCUCCCUCAAACGGGCUGGCUUCAAGACUAGUUCCUCAGAAGAGACGCAAUGAACGGUCAGUUGAUGGGCGAGGCAAUUCCAAGAAAAUUUCAUCUUCAAGCAGAUUCUAUGCAAAUGUUAUAGCACAAUCCUUGAAAAGCUGCUAUCAGAAUGAGACAGAUCCAAGUCACGAGCAUUUUGCAGACGCUCAUAGUGCCAGGCAUGUCGUAGCACACAAGAUGCUUUCAGACAACAGGAAAAGAUCUAUAGAUCCCAUCCAGCGUUCUCCAUCUGCACAAUGUUAUACUGGCCCUAUCACAAGAUCGCGAUCGAGCGCAACUCAAGAUGGGGUGAGCAGAGUAGCAUCUUCUUCAAUGCGUCGACAGCCAAGUUUCUCAAAGAUCAGCAUCGAUAUCCCUCACAAGAUCGACACUAUCUAUGAGCUUUCUCCAAGCCCUGAGAAUGUUGUCAUGUACGAAAUUCCAAAAGACAGCGCCGAAUAUGUGGAAGAGGUCUCGACUCCCAGUUCACGACGCCCCAUUAGCAAGUCAUCUGAAGCUGGGUAUGCUGUACGACGAAAUAGCUCUGGAUCGAUCGGCAAGAAGAAGGUUAGCACACCGAAAUCAUACAGAACUUCAUCAUGUUCUGGGCAAAACUACUCAUGGGGUGAAACUUUCAAAGUCUCGUGGGCAGAAUGCUUCGACAUGAUCGAUUCGGGUGUCUCAGGGUCUGUGGAUGCUCCCCGUGAGUUUGAUAUUUCCCGGACGCAAAGCUUCGGGGCAACAGCAAUGAGCGAGCAAUUCAAUCUUAUGCGCACUCACAGUUGAGAUUCUUGGAAAUAAACUUACGAUACUUUC